AUGAUUGUCCGACUCGGAACGCUAACUCUUGCAGCAGCUCUAUUCUCGAGCCACUUCGUCGCCUCCGAUCCUUCUCAUGAUCAACCUGUUCAGUCGCUAAUCGAGAGUGCCAAUGCCCUCUUAGCGAAAGGUGACAUGCAUGGUGCUCUGGACCGCUUCGGAGCCGCGAUAAAAAAGGACCCAACAAACUACCUCACAAGGUUCAAGCGCGGAGCAACAUACCUAUCUCUCGGGCGCAGUAACCAAGCGUCUGCGGAUUUCGAUGCGGUGCUCAGCUUGAAGCCGGACUUUGAAGCUGCGCUGCUGCAGCGGGCAAAGUUGAAGAGCAGAACGGGGGACUGGAGCGCUGCGAGGAGUGAUUACAAGAAGGUUGGCGGGGCGACGGGGGAGGAGAGGAUCGCCGAAUUGGAGGAGGCGGAGCGGGCAGCUAAGGCGGCCAUGGAAGCGGAGGAGAAAGGUGAUUAUGAGGCAUGUGUUAUGCAUGCUGGGGCGGCGAUCGUGGUUGCCAGCGGCCUGCACUCGCUCCGGUCGCUGCGAGCAGGGUGCCGGUUGAAGCGUGGGGAGGUGCAUGAAGCAGUUGGUGAUCUGGCGUAUGUUCUCCCCAACCCUCUCCCUCAACCGUAACGAAUGCUAACAACCUCUACAGCCACCUCGUGCAAAUACUCCCAGGCGACACAGAUCCCCACCUACAAAUUGCCAAUCUCCUCUACUUCUCCGUAAACGACUACGACCGUUCCGUAGCCCAACUCCGCAAAUGUCUACAUUCGGAUCCAGACUCCAAACCGUGCAGCAAGCUCUUCCGUCGAAUAAAGAAUGUGGAAAAGUCAGUCGCAAAGGUCCGGACACUAGUUGAGAAGCGCCAAUACACCAGCGCGACAAGACUCCUUGUCGGUCACGCCGGCGAAACCGGUCUCAUUGACGAAGUCAAAGAGGAAGUAGCAGACAUCAAGAAAGCGGGUUACUAUACCUCCGCCUGUCCGGAGGAUCUGUUGCUAUGGCUUUUGGAAACCGCCUGCGAAGCAUACAUAGAGGUAACCCCCCCCCUUUCCUUCCUCCCCCUCCCCCUGCCCCUCAUUUUCCUCACCCAAACUAACCUCCCUCCGCUAGACCAAAAACAACAAAAAGGCCACUCCCCACUGCACCGCCGCCCUAGUUCUCAACCCCAACUCCCUCCCAGCCCUCCUCUCCAGAGCCACAACCCAACUCUCAGAGGACCUCUUUGAAGAAGCCAUCCGCACCCUCGAACAUGCCAAGCAAACCCACCCCGACUCGCAGCCUCUCCUCCAAAAACUCCAAGAAGCGCACACCCUCCUCCGGCGCUCCAAGGCGAAAGACUACUACAAGGUCCUCUCCGUCCCACGUGACGCCUCGGACCGCGAGAUCAAGCGCGCCUAUCGCGCCCUCACGAAGAAGUACCACCCGGACAAGUACCGCGGCGAACUCUCCCAGGAAGAGAUACUUAAGAAGAUGGCGGCGAUAAAUGAGGCUUACGAGGUGCUUUCCCAUGAGGAAUUGAGGGCCAGGUUUGACGCUGGGGAUGACCCGAACGAGCAGGACGGGUCCGGACGGACCUGGGGACAUGACGGACAUCCCUUCGGCGGCGGGCAAGGAUUUGGCGGGCAGCAAUUUGUGUUUAGAGCCGGUAGCGAUGGUGGCCACGGAAAUCCGUUCGGCGAAAGAUUCAAAUUUCAGUUUUAACCUGGAUGCUUUUUUUAUUUUUCUCCCCCUCUUUCUCGUUGUCUUUCUUGUUUCAUCGUGGUAAACAGCCCACCACUCGCAGUUUGUACGAUAAAAAACCCAGUCAGAGUCAGUAAAUCCAACUAGCACUAUACCUC